AUGUCUGUUUUCAGAGGGAUGACGCCGGCUGAAGCAGAGUUACACUUCCUGGAGAAUGCCAAGAAACUGUCCAUGUAUGGGGUAGACCUCCAUCACGCUAAGGACUCUGAAGGCGUAGAGAUCAUGCUUGGAGUGUGCUCCAGCGGGCUGCUCAUCUACAGAGACAGACUGAGAAUCAACCGCUUCGCCUGGCCCACGGUCCUGAAGAUCUCCUACAAGAGAGACAACUUCUACAUCAAGAUACGCCCCGGAGAGUUUGAGCAGUUUGAGAGCACGAUUGGCUUCAAGCUCCCUAACCACCGUGCAUCUAAGAGGCUGUGGAAGACCUGUGUUGAGCACCACACGUUCUUCAGGUUGGUGUCUCCAGAGGCCCCCCCUAAGAAGUUCCUAGGUCUCGGUUCUAAGUUCCGCUACAGCGGUAGAACCCAGGCUCAGACCCGGAGAGUCUCCUCUCAGAUCAUCAGGGCCGCGCCCAUCUUCGAACGCUCCUCCUCCAAACGCUACACCAUGUCACGCAGCCUGGACGGAGCGCCCGUAACAGAGAACCACGACACCCUGAUGAGGGACGCCACGCCCGCCAAAGCUGUCGCCGCCGGAGACCUGAUCACCACGGUAACGCCGGAGAAGAAGGCGGAGGAGGAGAAGGCCGAGGAAGAGGAGGCACAGACCAACGCUACGGAGACGUCAGAUCCUAACGUCCCCUCAACCCCCCUCAGACAAGACAACAAGCGCUCCCCAUGCCUGUACUCCUGUGACCCCCUCCGCUCUGAGCUCUCCCUCCCCUCCUCCCCCGUGGCCUCCACCAAGGUCCGUCGGCGGCGCAGGGAGAACGCGUCCCGUAAACGCUGUGCGUCCGUCAGCCCGGCUAAAUCCUCGGCGGGAUGCCGCCGGCGCCAGGCCAAAGCGGACCGCGCCGCCGCCCUCCUAGAGGAGCAGGUGUUACUCCUGUCGGCCCGGAAACAGCGUCUAGAACAGCUGAAGGCCCACGGGAGGCGGGGCGGCACUCUGUUCUCCUUCUCCCUGCACCUCCCCGACCUCUCCUCUUACCUAGACGAGGAUGGCUACCUCACCUUCCCCGACAUCACGGAGCUCACCUUCCUCCCUGAGAGCGUGCAGCACUUCCGUCCGUUCAGGUCACCCUCUCUCAUCCCCUGCUUCCUCUUCAUCUUCUUCUUCCUCUUGUCCACGUCGUUCUCGGUACCCUACGCCCUCACGCUGUCCUUCCCGCUGGCGCUGUGUCUGUGCUACCUGGAGCCCAAGGCGGCUUCUCUCACCGCAUCCAUCGCUCAGGGCCUGCAUCAACAUGACAGUUGUUCAGAGGAAGAGGAAGAGGAAGACGAAGAGAACACAGAGGCGUCGGAGGAGCUGGUGAAACAUCAGAGAGACAUCAGUGAGCUGAAACGCUCCUUCCUGGAGACGUCAGGUGGCGCUGAAUCCCCGGGACUGACCGAGUGGGAGAAGAGACUGUCCUCGUCUCCUCCGACACGCUCCCACAGCGAGGGAGUGGAGGAGGCACCCAUGAUAGAGCCACUAAACACCCCACAGGACUCAGAGACAGAGGAGGUUCCUGCUGCUGAGGAAGAAAUGAAGCAGGAGGUACAAGCCAAUGGCAUUGAGGCUGCAGGCGUGGUGAACUCUAGUGAUGUGGGGGCGGGGACUGCAGGAGCACAGGGGUGUGGUCUGAUGACUGUAACCGAUACCUUAGAAGACGUCACCAGUGACUGGACGGACAGAGAGACGGAUGGAGUGAAGGAGGACAGAGAGGAAGAGAAGUUCCUAGUAUCUCCAGAGCUGAAGAUAAGUCCAGGGACAGUCAGACAGGAAGUCUCUACGGCCAUCUUGGACAAGAGAGGAACACUCAUCAUCCUGAGGGAGAUGGAGUCUGAAGACAAAAUGGACGCCAGCAGAGACGUUACCAAGACCAACCAGGAGAAAGGAGGGGGGACUUCAGCAAGCGUUAAGGAGGGUGAAGAUGACGAGCUAGAUGGCGAUCCUCUCACCAGAUCUAAGGAGAAAUAUUCCAUAAUCAACACGAAUGAAGAUGAGACCGGUGGUCAGGUAGAUGCUGAGGCCAUGUCUAAGGAGACCAGCGACAAGAGAGAGAUAUCUCUCAACUUAAGCCAGACUGAGACUGAUGAAGAAAUGAGUGGUGUUAACUCACUCCAGAAGACUGAGGCUCCAGUUGACAGGUCAGAGUUCACCACCGUGUCACGUGAGAAGGUGACGGAGCUGAUUACCCAGGAUGCACCGCCAAAGAGAGAGGAAUCGUGUGGCCUGGAUGAAGCUGUGAGCGACCUAGCACAGUGGACCUUCCCCGACGGUCAAUUUGCCACCAAACCAUCCCCUGGAUCUCUAGCUGUGAGCCCGGCUGAAGAAGAGGAGGAAGAGGAGACCGGAGGGAGACAGGAGGCUGCUGAGACAGCACAGUCUACAGGACCCACGAAACCCGAGGCUGUGCCAGCAGAGGAGUCGACCACCAAGGAGGUACCUGUAGUCCACACAGAGACGAAAACCAUCACGUACGAGUCUUCAGAGGGUGACUACGAUGGCGACGUGGAACCCGGUGUUCUGAUGAGCGCACAGACCAUCACCUCGGAAACUACCAGCACCACCACGACCACGCACAUCACUAAGACGGUGAAAGGAGGCAUCUCUGAGACCAGGAUAGAGAAGAGGAUUGUCAUUACAGGAGACGCAGGAGAUCUCGACCAUGAUCAGGCUCUGGCCCAAGCCAUAAAGGAGGCCAAAGAGCAGCACCCUGACAUGUCAGUGACCAAAGUAGUGGUUCAUAAAGAGACAGAGAUCACACCUGAGGGAGAGGACUGACCCAGGAGUAAAGCCCAGGACAGAGUUUAAAUCCCCUGGUGGAAGGACUCCCCUCAAAGCUCCAGCAUCCAACUCCCAACGUCAUGAUGGACUUCAUUACAUUACUGUGCUGCCUGCUGGGCCUGCUAAAAACUACGGUAGAGACAGCCAGCCUAUUGUUCCACAGACAGUCUGCUCUAUAGAAAUACAAUCUAUAGAGCGGGCUUCCCCGUUCAAGUCAAUGAUGGCAUAAUAGAUUCUAGUUCUAAGCUCGGCGUUCUCUAUGGUCCCGAUCCUAAUCUGAGUUCCAUGUGCUUAAACUUGGCUUCACUGCCUAAAUCGUGAUGUCAAUGGGAGAUUAAAAGUCAAAAUGAGGUAGUUAAGAUUUAUGCCUAUCGUCAGUCCCAUCCGUCGUUAUAAAAAAAAAAUGUAUAUUUGCAUGAGCAGAAUGACGCAAUUAUUAUAAAAUAAUAAUAAUUAUCAAGAUUUACUGUGAGAUAAUAAACAAACAGGUUAUUUUAUCACUUGAACUCUCGCUGAGCUCUACAACAUGCAAAAUGGUUGAUUCCAUUCACCGCCUUGCUAUCUAUUUAAGAUUAUAUUAUAAACAGUCUUUUUUUGGGGGGGGGGGGGGGGGUCAGUGUUGUUUUAUUUUAUUUAUGAAAUGAAAAUCCGUCACUCCGUGAAGAAAAAAAAAGUUCAACUGCUGUAGGCUUUCUGUGACAUAUUAGAGCACACAAUAUUAUUCUAAUGACUUAGUAGAUGGUAGACCUCAAUGCCGCCUCACUCCACUCCCAUCGGCUCAGAUAGAAAUACAUUUAAAUCAACUUUUACGACAAAGCCCUGUACAUUUAUACGUGUUGUCCUGGGCAACAGCAACUGCAAACAAAAGGCAGAUUAUAUCGUCUAUAUUCAGCAACAAAUUAUUUUAUUCAUGUUGUUUUGUAUUUUGUCUGAACAUUUUGUCAGUAUUCUUUAUUCAAACAUUGCAGCAUAUUUCAAAUAGCCUGUGUCCCAGAUCGGGUUUGUCCUCGUGCCAACUCUUUAUCACCCAUUGAGCGACAUGGAGAUGGCAUGAUGGCACUAUCCGACUGGCACCCAGGCUAUAUUUUGAGACAAUGACAGUCUGUUUUAAAAACACUGUCUAUAUGGAGGUUUACAGAGUUGUACCCAGGCUAUGUUUGAGACAAUGACAGUCUGUUUUAAAAACACUGUCUCGAUGGGGGGUUUCACGGACUUGUAUUGUUGUGAUCUAUCUGCAAAACGGACACAAAUGGUAUACAUUCUCCUCUGUAUUAAUUAAUGGCUGGACUACAGUUCCCACAAUGCUGUGUGUGACUGACUGAAAGGCCCAGGACUCAAACUAACAGGACUGCUCUGUCCAGAGGAAACAUAUUUUGGUCUGAAAUAGCACCCUAUCCCCUAUAUAGUGCACUACUUUAGACCAGAGCCAUAUGGGAUGCACUAUAAAGGGGAUAGGGUUAUAUUUGUGACUCAUCCAAAGACAAAUAUUUGAUCUGUCAAGUCAAUCAGGUGAACGUCUCAGCAGCUGUAAUAGUAUCUUACCAGUAUCAUUGGUGUAAAGUUGCUCCUAGACACUGAUCUUGGAUCAGUUUUGCAUUUUUCCUACUAUGGCUCAGGUUGAGAUUAGGGGAGGAGAUCUAAUUUUGAAUUGAAACUUUAUUGUACUAAGCAAGUCAAUUUAAGAAAAAAUAUAUAUUAUUUACAAUGACGGCCUACCCCCUAGCCAAACCUUUCUCUCAAACCCGGACGACGCUGGGACUCCCGAUUUACAGCCGGUU